AUGAUCCAUAUUAUAGAUAGUUUAUUCUUGUUUGAAGGAAUCAUUAGUGCUCGACGUGGAGGUGCUAACAAUCGCAACAACAGAAACAACGGAAGCGGUGGAAACAAUAACAAUAACAAUAAUAAUGAGGGUGGAAAUAUGUUGAACCAGCUCGCGCAAACCUUGGCAACACUCGUUGGGAAUCAACAACCAGCUCAACGAAGUAUUGUGUCAGAAUUCAAGCGUUUGAACCCCCCAACAUUUGAUGGUGCAACUGACCCUGCUAUUGUGGAAAAAUGGAUCCAAGAGAUGGAAAAGGCAUUUGAAUUGAUGGGAAGUAAUGAUGGGCAAAAGGUUACUUUAGCUGUGUAUCAAUUACAGGGCAGUGCAUAUGAUUGGUGGCUGAUGGAGCAAAGGAGGAAUGAGGAAAAUGCUGAUCCGAUGACAUGGGAUAGAUUCAAGACGGCAUUGACAGAUAAAUACUUUCCAAGAACUAUUCGUGUGCAAAAAGAGAGGGAUUUCAUUAGGCUUGAGCAGGGAGAUAGGACGGUAGUAGAGUAUGAAGCAGAGUUUGCGAGGCUCUCCAAAUAUGCUCCUACCUUAGUUGCUGACGAGAUCAGUCGGGCUAGAAGAUUGGAGGAAGGACUUAGAGAAAAUAUUAGGCAUGCUGUUGCAAAUUUUGAGUUAACCACGUAUGAGCAAGUACUUAACAAGGCAUUAGUGGUUGAAAGGGGCAUGGUCGAGGCAUUAAAGAAGAAAGAUGAAGAAACUAAGAAGCGAAGCGAGCCUUCAGGAGGAUUUAAUGGUACUGGAUCGUCGAAGAAGUUUAACAAUCGAGGAACGGGUGGAAAUGCAAACAAAGGGAAUCAAGGGGGAAAGCUUCAAUGUUCAAGGUGUGGUCGUAAUCACUUGGAUAAGGACUGCCGAUGGAACACAGGAGCAUGUUUCAGUUGCGGUGAGAUGGGACAUAGAGUUGCUGAAUGUCCAAAACGUGACCCAACCAGAGACAAAGACAAUGGGAACAAAGCAACCUUAGCGGCUUUACUUGGUCCAAAAUAUGGGCGAGUAUACCAACACGAACCGAAAGAAAAUUAA